AUGGUUUGGGACAAAAGUUUGUUGCUUCUGUUCAUAUUAGCUGCGGCAAAGAUAGUGGGUAUGUUGUAUUUACUCGUUGUUAUUAUUUUAGUAUUAAGCUGCUAGGUUAGAAAUUACUCUUUAAAGUGUUAAUAGUAGUUCGUUCCUAGUAUGGAUAAAGCGCUCUAUUUAAACGUGUUCUUGGUGGCGUGUGUCAUAAUUUCGGCCUAAAGUGAGAAUUUCGGACGCUUUAGUCUAUUUAGAAGUGGCGAAGAGCUGGCUAAGUUAGGAAUAUGUUGACGAACGUACUAAAUCUAUUGUGGAACAAUACUGAAUAAGAUUUCUCAUCAAAAUAGGAAGUUUCAACCAAGAUUUAACCGCAUUGUCGCAUAAAUACUCUAUGUUUAGUGACCUUGUAGUAUUUUCUCGUCAAAGUCCUUGCUCUUUUUAUUUUGACUGGUUUUAUGAGAAAUGAAAACAUAAUUUUCAGCUGCACUGUUCAAUAACUUUAAGAUUCGCAUAAGUAAUUCUUCACUUGAGAUUGGAACGAAGGAACGUGAGUUGACCACGAAAAAGUGUUCCGUCAUACCAGCAUUCUAAUCUUUUGUAAAAUUUUCAUGCUCAAUUGAACAUCGCGCUAUAAUCAUGUAAGAAAUUGAUUUCAUGCCAAUUUAACAAAUAUACGUAAGUUAUUCAAAAUAUCGCUAAAGUGUUGUUGUGUUUUACCGUCUAAAAAUUACUCCAACGCUCAUUCAAUUCAUAUCGUAGAAGGCUCGUGUUCUCAGUUACGAAAGCAUUAUUUGAUCAAAAUUUUAGAGGUUUCAAAGUUGUUUCAACGGUUUUUAAGUUGUUAGCGCGUAUUUCAGAUUUAAAUUACUUGAAAAAGAUUAGAAAGUUUAUUGAGAAAUAUUCUCGAUACAGUGAACUCCACGUUUGAGAGAGCUAUUUUGCGAAACAGAAAUUAACUAGUUGAAUAUACAACCACCUGAUGAGAGUUUUUGCUCGUUUGAACGGUAUAAUAUCCAGUCAACAUUCAUCAACUCUCAUGUAAUUUUUGUUCUCGCGUUUGACCGGGACUUGAGAGUUGAGAAAAGUCUCAUGUAAACUCUCGCUUCUCCACUCUCAUCAACUCUCAUACAACUCUUGUUUUCGUUUGACCGGGGCAUGAGAUCCGUUGAUUAAACCUUCGUGCAAAUUCUCGCUUGCCAACUCGCUUAUUAACAGUUGUCAAAAUCAGUUAAAAAGUUAUAAAACUACGGAUAUUGACCUUCACAAUCAAUAAACGAAACGUUAAUUUAUAAAUACAAAAGUUUAAUCUAGAUACCAGUUAAAGGGCAAUUUUAGAAAGCUUCAAAAAUUACUACAGCGCUACAGUCUUCUUGAAUAUCACUUGAUUAUAUCGCCUUAUUGGGAAUGUCCAUGCAGCCAGUGCUGAGAUCAUACAAUGCCUACAGUGUGUUGCCUGCUGUUGCUAGGGCUUGCAGAUCAAUGAUACGGUAGACUGGCCAUAUACACAGCCUGCUUGCAGGUGAUUUUGAGAAGAAUAGCAUGAAAUUAUCAGCGCAGUAUGAGCUCUACAAAUUUACCGUGGGAAUAAGAAUAUAAGCGAAAAACCUAAAAUAACUCACAUGACUAUUUUUCAAAAGUUGUCUUCGCAAAUUAAUUAGCGCAUAUGGCUUUCCAGGCAUUUUCGUUCUACGAUAAGCUGCCGUGCUUUUUGUCGGAACUGCCUGAAAAAUAUUAAAUACACUUAUGGCAACUUAUGUUUCUAGAUAAAGACCUUUGUUAUGAAAUUAUUGGGUCAUGGAGACACUGGCAACUCCCUGACAAAGAAUCUUUCUAUCGACAGUAGACGUUUUUUUAAUCUUGAGUUUUGUGCGGACGAGUUAUUUCCUUGACAAGUUCUAUUUGACACCGUAACUCUUUCCCAUAGGCGUACGAGACAGGGGGGGGGGGGGCAACACUCCCCUUCCCAGUCAGUGUUUAGUUAGAUUCUUCCGUAAAUAUAUUAUGUAUUUUGUCAUGAUAUCAGUGUUGAGAUAUUAGCAUUAAUGUUUGGUCAGCCUGAAUGGCUUAGAUUGAAACUUUGUCCUUGUCGAUCAGUUAUGAACAAUGUUGGCUUUUAAAUUAGUAUUUACUUUGUUUAAAACCAGGCAAUUCUACUACCAGUGGGAACGUUUUCAGGUUAUUUUAGGGACAGAAUCAUUUCUGACUGUUAAUCCUUUUUAUUCACGUAAAAAUAUGAACUAUGAAUAUUGCAAUAAUCUUGUAAUUUUUAGUUUCCGUGGACAUAUCUACUCCAAAGCCGUUUUGGUUGUUGGAUAUUAAUGAAGAACAAAACAACCAAAGUAUGUUGCAUUUUUUUAAAACUAAAUUAAACUAACUUCAUUAUGCUGCAUGAAUAACUCUAUCAGUUCUAAACUGUUCUCCCUAGAGUUUCAGUAAGGAUCAUCUCUUAUUGAUCCAGUGUUACUACAGGAGGAAACCUAAACUAAACUAACUUUAUUUAUACUGGAUAGUUCUAUCAGUUCUAAACUGUUCUCCCUAGAGUUUCAGUAAGGAUCAUCCCGUAUUGAUCCAGUGUUACUACAGGAGGAAACCUAAACUAAACUAACUUUAUUUAUACUGGAUAGUUCUAUCAGUUCUAAACUGUUCUUCCUAGAGGUCCUGUAAGGAUAAUCUCUUAUUGAUCCAGUGUUACUACAGGAGGAAACCUAAACUAAACUAACUUUAUUUAUACUGGAUAGCCCUAUCAGUUCUAAACUGUUCUUCCUAGAGGUCUAGUAAGAGUAACCUCUUAUUGAUCCAGUGUCACUACAGGAGGAAACGUAAACUAAACUUUAUUUGUACUGGAUAGCUGUAUCAGUUCUAAACUGUUCUCCCUAGAAGUCCAGUAAGAGUUAUACCUCUUAUUGAUCCAGUGUUACUACAAUAUUAAAAAAUUGUACUUGUUUAUUUAGCAUGGAUAGUAGAGAACUCCUCCCCAGGCCGUGCUGGUAAUCUUUCUUAUACUUUGGCCGCUUCGGACCCAGAUCCAGACACGGAUACAGACACGUAUACAAAAUUCUACAUUGUUCCAAUCAAUUCAACCCAUGCAGAACUCCACCUGAACUACACGUUUGACUUUGAGGUACCAUGUUACCCGACCUUUUUUCUAAAUUUGUCCACCACAUGUCUUUUUUCACAUAGUCCAUCCUUCUUCAAUUUCCGCCAUUUGUCUGUUCCCUUUAUAUCUAGCUUCAUGUCCAUACCAUCUCAACCUUACUUUCUUCACCUUCUCUGCAAUGUCUACCACCCCACAUCUUCUUCUGAUCUCUUCAUUCCAUAAUGUCUCUGACCAGCUCUCCUUCAUCUCUUCUUAUUACGUGUCCAUACCAUCUCAGCCUUGCUUCUCUCACCUUCUCUGCAAUAUCUACCUCCCCACAUCUUUUGAUCUCUUCAUUCCAUAACAUCUCUGACCAGCUUUCCUUCAUCUCUUCUUAUUACACGUCCAUACCAUCUCAGCCUUGCUUCCUUCACCUUCUCUGCCAUGUCUAUCACCCCACAUCUUCUGAUCACUUUAUUCCAUAACAUCUCUGACCAGCUUUCCUUCAUCUCUUCUUAUUACAUGUCCAUACCAUCUCAGCCUUACUUCCUUCACCUUCUCUGCAAUGUCUACCACCCCACAUCUUCUGAUCUCUUCAUUCCAUAAUGUAUCUGACCAGCUCUCGUUGAUCUCUUCUUAUUACGUGUCCAUACCAUCUCAACCUUGCUUCCCUCACCUUCUCUGCAAUGUCUACCACCCCACAUCUUCUGAUCACUUCAUUCCAUAAUGUCUCUGACCAGCUCUCCUUCAUCUCUUCUUAUUACGUGUCCAUACCAUCUCAACCUUGCUUCCCUCACCUUCUCUGCAAUGUCUACCACCUCACAUCUUCUGCUCUCUUCAUUCCAUAAUGUCUCUGACCAGCUCUCCUUCAUCUCUUCUUAUGUGUCCAUACCAUCUCAACCUUGCUUCCCUCACCUUCUCUGUAAUGUCUACCACCCCACAUCUUCUGAUCUUUUCAUUCCAUAAUGUCUCUGACCAGCUCUCCUUCAUCUCUUCUUAUUAUGUGUCCAUACCAUCUCAACCUUGCUUCCCUCACCUUCUCUGCAAUGUCUACCACCUCCACAUCUUCUGAUCUCUUCAUUCCAUAAUGUCUCUGACCAGCUCUCCUUCAUCUCUUCUUAUUACGUGUCCAUACCAUCUCAACCUUGCUUCCCUCACCUUCUCUGCAAUGUCUACCACCCCACAUCUUCUGAUCUCUUCAUUCCAUAAUGUCUCUGACCAGCUCUCCUUCAUCUCUUCUUAUUACGUGUCCAUACCAUCUCAACCUUGCUUCCCUCACCUUCUCUGCAAUGUCUACCACAUCUUCUCAUUCUGAUCUUUUCAUUCCAUAGUCUCUGACUAGCUGUCUUUCAUCUUUUCUUAUUACUGUUGUAUUGUACAUUGUAUGUCGUGUGCUUCUGUUUGACAAUGGCCGAUGCCUAGUUACUAGUACAAUGUUCUCAAUGUUGCUGUAGAAUUCUCAAUAAAAUUGUUAAACGUAUUCUUCAAGGUUGGUAGUCACGAGAAAUGUGCCUCACGCUGUUGUAGUCUUGUCGACGAACUCCGUGAUCGUAAGGGCGAGUUGUGUGAUAAAGUUAAGACAUAUUUUAUUGAAUAUAAAGAAAAAAUCAAACAACACGAAGACCAAUUGUUGCAAGAAGUUCUCAAAUGGUAUGACAAACAGUUUGAGUUGAUUAAACAUGCACAGAAGAAGGAAGAGCGAAGAAUAGAAAAGGUACCUUUCAUGAAAAGUAACGAUUUGUCUUAAAAUGGAAUAUGUACCAUUUGAAACACGAGCAAGGGUGCUUUAACGGAUAUAAGACACGAGGCGACAGUCGAGUAUCUUCUCUCUGAUAAUUAGCACUCGUGUUUUAAAUGGCUUAAAAGGCGACCCAUCUUGUGAGUUCAUUGGCGAAGUAAUUUUAAAAUUCAACGUUGUCUAAGCAGAGAAAAUCAAAGCUAAAGUUUAUGUCAAUUUCAUGAUUUUUUAUCACAUAAAACCAGCGACAUGGUCAGUCUUUUCCUCAUGAAUUAAUUAUUAAUAAGUUUUUUAAUUUUAAUAUUGUCCUCUUUAAAAUCCUAUUAAAAUCUUGAAUAUUAUUUUAGCAUUUAGUAGUUAGUUAAUUAAUUAGUUAGAUAAUUUAAUAGUUAUUUAUUUUAAUAAGUUAGUUUGUUAUAUAGUUUUCCUACGUUUUUGCUGCAGAUUACAGAUGCUGUAAAAUUCUCUCAAAUUCUUCUCAAACACGGAACGGAUGCUGAAAUCUUGUCACUGAAACAUCUCAUUCACUCACAGCUCAAUCGCGUUGCCAAUCAGAAGACUGGCACUACAUUCGUCGCAGCGGUCGAGACCGCAAUUCGCAAUGCAUCGUGGGAUAUGUGGGCAGAACAUCUUACUCAAGAGAAGCAGUCUAACGGUUUGACCUUACCCGAAGUGCAUGAUGGUGUUGAAUCUGAUGAUGAUAACGGUAUGAUAUUUGAAUUAGGAAUCGUUCGUUAUUUAUGACCGGCGGUGGCACCAAAGAGAAAUGUUUUCUUGGUAAACAUUUUGCUCAUCCAACCAUUACAAAGUAAAAAAAAAGUUUACCCAACCUCAAAUAUCAAUUAAAAUAAAUACCCACCCCUGGCCAAAAACUCUACAAAAGGGUACCGUUCAGUUGUCACACAUGUCCUUUACAACUUCUAUGACAUGAGUUUGAUAACUGCUGUACAAUUUUCUGCAGUCUAAAGUUGAUGUUGUCUGCACAUGUACUUUCUUUGGAGACACCAUUUGCCUCAGAAAGAUCAAGAUAGUGACUCUGAUUGAUUUAUAUAUUGUAUUGACUUAUGACUGUUGAUUCCCCAGUAUCCGUUCCACAUUAGCUGUUUUGAUUCCAUCCUCACACAAAAUGGUGGCAGUCAAAAGCGCUGUGUCCUCGUAAAACGCAGACUUGUACCAAUGCUAUUUCAACAACUUGUUAUCAGAAUGUGUUCGCACUGCUUGUUCCCAGAUUGUUGACAACUUGCUACAAGGUUGUUGAGCUUUAACAGACUUUUGUAACAGACUUGUUUUGUUCCAAGUUGUUCCAACAACUUGCUAUCGUCCUUCAAUUCAACAAUUUGUCAACAACUUGUGAGUGACAACCUUGUAGCAAUUUGAUCAGAUAGCAGCAUUGUUACAAGUUUGCUUACACGUCUGUUGCGAGCACAUCUUGACAAGAUUAUUGCGUGAUUAAUAAGCCUCCGUCCCACAACCUUUACCCUUCAAAUUCGAAUCAAACAUUUUCUUUACACAGACGACAUUUCCACUGUUGUUUCAACGGUCGAAAAAGAGAACAAACGAAAUAAAAAUCAAAACAACUGUUCGGAGACGAAAGAUCUAAUGAUCAGCAAACGACGUGGAAAUUCUGGAGUGGAUGGCAAAGAUUUUCAACUUGGCUCUGUGAUCUCACGAGAGAAUAGCAAGAUCUGGAAUGAGGGGCGGCAAAUGGUGCGAGAUUAUCGAUAUGAUAAGAUAUUGAGGAACAGAAGUAUUGGAAGACAGGGUUCAGGUGUGUGGCGCAAUUCACCAAUUGAUGAUUCCAGCUGUAUAGACUAAAUUUUGAUGAUGAACAAAAUCCAUCACCACAGCUAGAAAGAGCAUGUUAAAAUUAGUAAAAUUGCAAAGUUCGGCCGCGAAAUGUUGUAAAAUGAGGAAAAUAUAGCCCUACGAAAUUUGCAAAUUUUGUAUUAAUUUGUAUUACGCGCGGGAAAAUGCGCCACCCCAAUUACAAAUAAUCCUUCAUACAUGUAAAUAUUUGUUAACCGAUUAUGUGUGUAUAAUGUAUUUCAGGUUGUGGAGAAUUCCAGCAUCCCUGUGGCAUAGCAGUUGAUUACAAACAUGAUGACAGACUGAUUGUCAGUGAUUUUAACAACAACAGAGUUCAGGUGAGCACUAAAGGUUAG